CGCAUAAACACACUCUCCGUUGUAGUCAUCCUGAAAUGGUGGCCUAAGCUUCGGAAUCAGAACCCUUCUCAGGAAGCAUAUAGAAUUUGGCUUUGAUUUAAGCGCUCCUCUCUUUACUCAUAACUCUGAUGCUCCUCACAGCUUGAGCUACCUCCUCCUGUACUGUUACAAUUAUUAGUUUUUGAGGUUAUCACUUCUGGGUUUGGUUUAGUUUCUCCAACAGCUUCUUGUGCUACAAGAAACCCCACCUCGAUUUCAAGAUUUAGGAAUACGAUAAAACCUACUUCUUCUAGCUAGGUUCACUUCAUAUUUAGAUUAUUCCAGUGCUACAUCUUAUUUCUCUUCUUCAACUCUCUCUAAACUUAGCGUACUUCAAGCGAAAGUUUUAGAGAUAAAGAAGAGGAGGGAGAUGGAAGAUAAGAAUGAUGUAGAUAAGAUUGAUGAUGUGAUGUUGCCUGGUUUUCGGUUUCAUCCAACUGAUGAAGAGCUUGUUGGGUUCUACCUCAAAAGAAAGAUACAGCAGCGAUCUCUUCCUAUUGAGCUGAUCAAGCAAGUUGAUAUUUAUAAAUAUGAUCCUUGGGAUCUUCCAAAAGAGCUGGCGACUACAGGAGAGAAAGAGUGGUACUUUUAUUGCCCAAGGGACCGUAAAUACAGGAACAGUGCAAGGCCAAAUAGAGUUACUGGAGCUGGGUUUUGGAAGGCGACUGGAACAGACCGUCCUAUUUACUCCUCUGAUGGCACCAGGUGCAUAGGCUUGAAGAAGUCCCUGGUGUUCUACAGAGGUAGAGCUGCUAAAGGGAUGAAAACUGACUGGAUGAUGCACGAAUUCCGGCUUCCUUCUCUUGCUGAACCACCACCGCCAAAGAAGCUCCUAGACAAAAGCCUUCCUCCAAACGAUGCAUGGGCUAUUUGUAGGAUAUUCAAGAAAACCAACUCCAUGGCACAAAGAGCUCUUUCUCACUCUUGGGUCUCUCCAGUAUUACCAGAGACUACAGCUUCUGAUUUUUUCUCCCAAGGGGCACACUGCACUCAGUUCAGUUCAGAGAACAUGUCAUGCACAACUGAAAUAGGAUCAAAUUUCCAUUUAGGCUCCAAUAAUGACUUCCAGCAGGCCUCUCCUGCUGGUCUCUCUGUUUUAGACAUCCCCUCUUACAGACCUAUUAAUCCUAUAGUCCACACAUCAUAUAUAUUCCCUGUAUCAAACGGUGAUCUUCCCAACAACUUCUUGUUUUCACCCCUCGAGAAUUCGGGUCCCAUCAAGUCUACAGAUGAUGCUCCUUCCAUGCUAUUGAAUCCUGCAUUGAUGGGUGAAGCUGGUAAAGCUUCUGAGAGCACAGAAUAUGAAGGGUCACAACAGCAGUUCAAUGGAUUCUCGAUCAAUUUGCUCCAAGAAAUGCAAGGUGAUAUAGGCACAGGAGAUGAGACAGGCUUGAGAAAGAAUCCAAGUUCAAUUCAAGAUAAUAACCUUUUGGGGACUAUCCGGUCCAUCGGAUUCCCCUUCAGCUUGCCUUCAAACCUGCCUGAUGCAUGGAAGCCUAACCUGCCAUGGGAUUCACCAUCCUGCCCCAGUGAGAUGUCCACCACAUAUUCCACAAACAAAUGCCAUACUUAAAUCCUAUUAAUACACAGAAGAAUUAAUCGUGGGAUUUAGGUCUAGCAUUUUGAAUUUAUCUAAAAUAGCUUCCAAAAAAAUAUAUAUUCUGGCUUGAAUGAUGUUUUAGCGGGAGCAAACUAGCCUCAGAAAUGUAUCUUGUUUACUGUACAGUAUUUCCCAUCUUUUCCAAGUACACACUUUUAGGCUAAUAAAUUUCUCUUAUUUUAUAUUCA